UAGGUAUCAUAUUAUUUUUUAUUUUUUUACUUUUCAACACACAACUGACAAUUGUGCAUAGUGUUUUAUUAAUUUUUGAAUCAAUUGUGACUUUUGUUUAUUACAUAUUAUUUACAUUCAGUUUAGUCAUUAUUACGAAUAACAACCAAUGGUUUUUGUGUUAAAUAAUGUUAGCGAAUAGUAAUUAAAGAUCAAGCGUGAACUACCAGAUAAAAUAAAAACUCGUAAUUCUAUUUUAUACAUAAAAUUGUUGUAUUUAUGGUUGUAUGUUAAGAAACAUAAAAACAUUUAUUAAUAAUAUACAAAAAUGGGACAAAUACACACUGUUGGACCUAACAAAGCUCUAAUUGUUUCUGGUGGGUGUUGUGGAUCAACCAGGAGAACAACAGUUGUUGGUGGUUGGGCAUGGGCUUGGUGGCUUAUUACAGAUGUUCAAUAUCUAUCUCUUGAGGUUAUGACUUUAAAUCCUAUGUGUGACACUGUUGAAACCGUUCAUGGAGUUCCAUUAACUGUAACAGGAGUAGCUCAGUGUAAAAUAAUGAAAGCUGACGAACUUCUACAAACAGCAUCUGAACAAUUCCUUGGACGAACUACUAAUGAAAUUAAGCAAACUGUACUUCAAACUCUAGAAGGUCAUUUAAGAGCUAUAUUGGGUACUUUAACAGUCGAAGAAGUGUAUAAAGAUAGAGAUCAAUUUGCAUCUCUUGUAAGAGAAGUUGCCGCACCCGACGUUGGUCGUAUGGGGAUUGAAAUAUUAUCAUUUACAAUUAAAGAUGUUUUUGAUGAAGUUCAAUAUUUAACUUCACUUGGAAAAUCACAAACUGCUGCUGUAAAAAGAGAUGCAGAUAUUGGAGUUGCACUUGCUAACCGCGAUGCAGGUAUUAGAGAGGCCGAAUGUGAAAAGUUGGCAAUGGAUGUAAAAUAUGGAACAGAUACAAAAAUUGAAGAUAACUCAAGAAUGUUUAAGCUUCAAAAAGCUAAAUAUGAUAUGGAAGUUAACACUGCAAAAGCUGAGGCACAGUUAGCAUAUGAAUUACAAGCAGCCAAAAUAAGGCAAAAAAUCAGAAAUGAAGAAAUUCAAAUUGAAGUAGUUGAACGAAAGAAACAAAUUGAAAUUGAAGUGCAGGAAGUUGAGCGUAGAGAAAGAGAACUGAAUUCUACUGUUAGAUUGCCUGCUGAAGCUGAAAGUUAUCGUGUUCAAGCAAUUGCUGAGGGAAAGAGAACUCAAACUGUUGAAGUCGCAACAGCUGAAGGUGAACGAAUUAAGAAAAUUGGGCUUGCUGAAGCUUCUGCAAUAGAAGCUGUUGGUAGAGCUGAGGCCCAAGGAAUGAUGUUAAAGGCACAAGUAUUUAAACAAUAUGAAGAAGCAGCUGUUAUGUCUUUAAUUAUGGAUGCAUUACCAAAAAUUGCUGCUGAAAUAGUCGCGCCAUUGUCUAAAACUGAGGAAAUUGUUUUAUUAAGUGGAAAUAGUAAUGUAACAGCAGAAGUCAACAGAUUAGUUGGGCAAUUACCUCCAGCUGUUCAAGCUUUAACUGGUGUGGAUUUAACUAAAGUCUUAUCAAAAAUUCCUGGUGUCAAAUAGAAUUCUUACAUAGAAAUGUUCUUUACAAUUUCUAUUAAAUUCUUUAUUUUUUAAGUGUAUUGUAACAUGAUCAAAAACUUAUAUAAGCUUGUCAAGCUUCUAAUGCCAUUAUUGGAUUUAAAUAUUCGUUAUUAGUUUUGCCAUUUUUUGGGAAUAUUAUUUAGUCAUUGUAUGUUACCCAUUAUAUUUAAUUUAAAUUUAAUUUUGCUUGAUUGGGUACAUUUAACAUUUUACAAUAUUUAUUAUUAUUCUUUAGCUUUAUUAACUAAUAAAAUUAACUUUUUACUUUUCCAACUUUCAACGAAUGUAAUUAAAUUAUCUAUAAAUGUGUUUAUUAUAUAUUUUUAAUAUGUGUAUGUAUAUUUGUAUUAACAUUGAAGUUAGACAUUAUUGAUAGACAAUCCUAUUGAAUAAUUCUAACUAUUGUGUUUUUUUGCUCAGCUAAGUGCCGUGUUGAUUAAAAUGUGUUGCACGGGGCUGUGAAUUGUUACCAAUUUAUUUUUAUUUUAUUUAUUUAUUAUUUAUAAUAUUAAUAUAUAUUUUUUUUUAUAUUAAAGUAUAAUUAAAGUAAUUUACUAUAAAAUUGUAUCAUUAUGAAACAAUUUCACCCUACCCAUUAUAUUAACACAGCACUGGCUUAGUAUUAUUUUAAACGUAUUAUCAAGUUAAAUCAAACAUAUUUUUU